GCGGACCGUUAGCUGUCAGGAGCUGAGCUGCCGGCUGGCGGCGGGAUCCAGCGUCUGCGCCAGUGUCCGGCGAACUGAUCCCGGCGCGGCGACAGCAGCCAGGACAGGGCGGCCUCGACUCCCGGCCAGGUCUUAGAGGCUAGCAGGGACCUGCCAGUAGCCGGCCGCUCAGGCAAGAUGGGGAACCGGGAGAUGGAGGAGCUGAUCCCUCUGGUAAACCGUCUGCAGGACGCCUUUUCAGCGCUGGGACAGAGCUGUCUGCUGGAGCUACCGCAGAUCGCUGUGGUGGGCGGCCAGAGCGCCGGCAAGAGCUCGGUGCUCGAGAACUUCGUGGGCAGGGACUUUCUCCCUCGAGGGUCUGGCAUUGUAACAAGACGACCUCUUGUGCUGCAGCUUGUUACUUCCAAAGCAGAAUAUGCUGAAUUUCUACAUUGCAAAGGGAAGAAAUUUACAGAUUUUGAAGAAGUUCGCCAUGAGAUUGAGGCAGAAACAGAUCGAGUGACCGGAAUGAAUAAAGGCAUCUCUUCUUUACCCAUUAAUUUGCGAGUCUAUUCCCCACAUGUGUUGAAUCUAACUCUUAUCGACCUGCCUGGAAUAACUAAAGUGCCCGUGGGAGAUCAGCCACCAGAUAUUGAGUAUCAGAUCAGAGAAAUGAUUAUGCAGUUCAUCACGAGGGAGAAUUGUUUGAUUUUGGCUGUUACUCCUGCCAACACUGAUCUUGCAAACUCAGAUGCACUGAAGCUAGCUAAAGAAGUUGAUCCUCAAGGUCUGAGAACCAUUGGAGUCAUCACCAAACUGGAUCUUAUGGAUGAAGGGACAGAUGCCAGGGACGUCUUAGAGAACAAGUUGCUGCCUCUCCGCAGGGGUUACGUGGGGGUGGUAAACAGAAGCCAGAAGGACAUAGAUGGGAAGAAGGACAUUAAGGCGGCCAUGUUGGCGGAGAGGAAAUUUUUUCUUUCCCAUCCGGCUUACAGGCAUAUUGCUGAUCGAAUGGGGACCCCACACCUUCAGAAGGUCCUUAAUCAGCAACUUACCAACCACAUUCGAGAUACGCUGCCUAACUUCAGGAACAAACUCCAGGGACAGUUGCUGUCCAUAGAACACGAAGUAGAAGCCUACAAAAACUUCAAACCAGAAGACCCCACCAGGAAGACCAAAGCAUUACUGCAGAUGGUUCAGCAAUUUGCUGUGGACUUUGAGAAGAGGAUUGAAGGUUCGGGGGACCAAGUGGAUACCCUGGAACUCUCAGGUGGUGCUAAAAUCAAUCGUAUAUUCCACGAACGCUUUCCUUUUGAGAUAGUAAAGAUGGAGUUCAAUGAGAAAGAAUUGCGAAGAGAAAUAAGCUAUGCAAUCAAAAACAUACACGGAAUCAGGACGGGGUUGUUUACUCCAGAUAUGGCAUUUGAAGCAAUAGUCAAGAAACAGAUUGUGAAGCUGAAAGGGCCUUCCUUGAAGAGUGUAGAUCUGGUAAUACAAGAAUUAAUCAACACUGUCAAAAAGUGUACCAAAAAGCUGGCAAACUUCCCCAGACUCUGCGAGGAAACGGAAAGGAUUGUUGCAAACCACAUUCGUGAGCGAGAGGGGAAGACGAAGGACCAGGUCCUCCUCUUGAUUGAUAUCCAAGUCUCUUACAUCAACACCAACCAUGAAGACUUCAUUGGCUUCGCAAAUGCUCAGCAGAGGAGCAGUCAGGUUCACAAGAAAACCACAAUUGGAAAUCAGGGAACCAAUCUUCCGCCUUCAAGGCAAAUUGUGAUUCGCAAGGGGUGGCUGACCAUCAGCAACAUUGGCAUCAUGAAAGGGGGCUCCAAGGGAUACUGGUUCGUCCUUACUGCAGAAAGCUUGUCUUGGUAUAAAGAUGAUGAGGAAAAAGAAAAGAAGUACAUGCUUCCCUUGGACAACUUGAAAGUUCGAGAUGUGGAAAAGAGCUUUAUGUCUAGCAAGCACAUUUUUGCACUCUUUAAUACAGAGCAAAGGAAUGUAUACAAAGACUAUCGCUUCCUUGAGCUGGCAUGUGACUCCCAGGAGGAUGUAGACAGCUGGAAGGCAUCUCUGCUGAGAGCUGGAGUCUAUCCUGAUAAAUCUUUAACUGAAAACGAUGAGAAUGGCCAAGCGGAAAACUUCUCCAUGGAUCCACAGUUGGAGAGACAAGUAGAGACCAUCCGCAACCUGGUAGACUCCUACAUGUCCAUUAUCAACAAAUGUAUCCGCGAUCUAAUUCCAAAAACGAUAAUGCACCUUAUGAUCAAUAAUGUUAAAGACUUCAUAAAUUCAGAGCUCCUAGCACAAUUGUAUUCUUCAGAGGACCAAAAUACGCUGAUGGAGGAAUCAGCUGAGCAGGCACAGCGCCGGGAUGAGAUGCUUCGAAUGUACCAAGCCCUUAAAGAAGCCCUUGUGAUCAUCGGGGACAUCAACACAGCCACUGUGUCCACCCCUGCCCCGCCCCCGGUGGAUGACUCCUGGAUACAGCACUCUCGCAGGUCACCUCCUCCAAGCCCCACCACCCAGAGGAGGCCGACUCUGAGCGCGCCCCUCACCAGGCCCGUGUCCGGCCGGGGCCCGGCGCCCGCCAUCCCCUCUCCGGGCCCCCACUCGCCCGCCAUCCCCUCCCCGGGGCCCCACUCGGGGGCGCCCCCUGUCCCGUUCCGUCCGGGCCCGUUACCUCCUUUUCCCAACAGCAGCGACUCCUUCGGAGCCCCUCCACAAGUCCCCUCGCGGCCCACCCGGGCCCCGCCCAGCGUUCCAAGCCGGAGACCACCCCCAUCACCAACUCGUCCCACUAUAAUCCGUCCACUAGAAUCUUCCCUGUUAGACUAAAUGAAGUGUCUGGCAUGGCAAUUAAUCACUAAUGAAUUAUGCAAACGCAGCAUAUUUGGUAACUGUUGCAGUAAAUCAUGAGUAGUCGCAUGUGUGGACAUCCGUAGGCAAGUAACCAGUUUUCCUAAUGCAUUCAUCACUCACCUUCAUUGCUCAUGGUAUGUCAGACCUUUGGGGUUUGAUUCUUAAAAACUGCUGACCCUAGAGGCUUGAUAUGUUGCAUUGACCAAGGUAGGUUUGCAUAGCAGCCCUAUACUAGGGGGACCAUUUGCCUCCCCUGGCAUAUAUUUGAAACUGCUUUGAACAAGUUUUCCAGGCUAUCUGCCAGGUAGCUCGUUAACUAUAAUUCUUCACAGAUAAGAGACGAUGGGCUUAGACCUGAGCUAUACAUAUUUCUUGUCCCCCACUCUGUUUAAGAUGACAGUAAUUCUUUUGUCUAUUAUUAAUACUACCACCUACUCCAUGAUUAUGUAUGUGGUUCCUCUUUCCUUACUCUUUAUUUCAUAAGACUGCUAGGAAGUGACUUUUUAAAAUUAGGAUUUCUUAAGAAUAAAACUUUUCCAGCAGCAUAAGGUAGCUUGCAAAGGAAAAGUCUGCAUAGUUUGCUCUAGAGAGCUGCUCCUCCUGCCGGUGUGUUUUGCUUCAUGCUCGAAGCACAUGCAUCUGUGAAUGAAAGCUUGUUUUUUGUUAAUCAGUUAAUAGAUUUGGCCAGUUUCAGAGUUCCAGGAAGAAGCAAAAUAUCACUUUUGUACAAAUGUCUAGAAAAAUAUGAUUUCUUUAUUGAUUUAGGUAUUCACCUUCUGGUCCAUCACAUUGAAGGAUGAUAUAGAAAAUAUUUAAUUUUCCCAAAUGAUCUAAUUUUUGGCAUGGUGAACUAAAUGUUGAUACUCCAGUUUCAUUAUUAUUUUGGCUAGAGAGGAUAAAAAAGCAUCUUUGUUUGUAAUUUGUAAUUCUCUAUGUAAGAAUUUACUCUACCUUUUAAACAGGUUUAAUGUAACUUUCUAUUCAUUUUAGGUUUUCUUACUAAACCUUGAGACUUAUUAUGGGAUAAUGACAUUUAAAGAAUGGUAUCCAAAAUGAUAAGUCAGUAGAAGAUGCUGUAGUUUAAGUGAAGAGCUCACACUUGUACAAUUGUACUACUUCAGAGCCCCUGUCCAGGUGACUUACUCCAGAAAAUGGUAUUGAAACAUUGGGAUAUAAAGCAAAUUAGCAAUUUUUAUGACUUCUAAAAUUAACAAGACAGGUUUAGUCCAGGGGUUCAUAGUUCAGUCUUAAGGCUAGCUUUUGUACUACGUAAAAGGACCAGAUGAUUAGCAUGUAGGAAACAGCCAGAAGCCAAUCAGAAUUUUGUCUGCUAACUGUUCCCAGACUGCCGAGCAAGUAUUCACUGUAGUGGCGUCCCGUGACACUAUUUCAUAUUCUGCAGAAGUAAAUCAGGUUUCAACAACUGAAAUGUCUCCCUUUGAAAGUAGUAAACAUGAUUUGUACGUUAACUUAACUUUAAUUUCCUGUUUAUACCCAAAGCAGACCCUCGUAAAAUAAAAAGUUUUAACCAUUAUUAAAAGAGAACUUGCCAUGUUGUAAGGUAGUGUAUUGAACUUAAUCUAAAGGGUUACAGCGAGCCCGCUUACAACUGGAAAAAAUGAGAGAAUGUAAGCUUUACAAAAAAGGGCAUUCCAGUUUUUAAAGUUGUCAAUGAUUUUAUAAAGAACAUCGCCAUCCUAAGUCCUCUCGUAUCUUAUUUUUUUCCAUUGGAAAAAAGUUAACUGUAAGUGGAACCAAUGUGCAAGAUACAUACUGUAUUUUUAAAAAUAGUGUCUCAGCUAAAUGGAAAAAUAUUAGGCAAAAAUCCAUAGAAAAACAAAUAAUCUGCAGUGAGAUCUUUUCAUAACAUUUUCUCUUUUUAGGAUUCCCUUUGCUUCUUCCUUUGAAUUCUCUAAAAUAGGCAGCUAGAAGAUUACAUUUCAGGGUUUGGCUCUGUGCUAAAUGUGGUUUUGAGAUUUGCUGUAUUUCAAAAAUUUCCUUCUGUUAAAGGAAAAUAUUGUGGAUAACCACUGUGUGUUCUUAGAUCAGCACAGACCAUGUCAGAAAAAACUGGGUAUUUUUCCCAAGUUUCUUUCCACUGAUCUUAGGCAGUAACAAACAAUGGCAUUUGUCAUCUUUGGCUUUUGCUUUAGAUUAUAGUCCCACAGUGGCGUUGUCCCAGUUGUCUCCCUUUGUGGAUACAUUUUUGUUCUUUCUUACUCCUAUUCUAAUAGAACCCAGCCUACCCUGGAAUUUCUUCAUUGGAAGAAAUAUUGGAGAAUAUUUUCGGUUUGCUGCAUCAUUAUGUCAUAUUAUUCAUAUGAAUUCCAUUUCCCAAAGGGUUUCUAUCCUGCUAACAGGAGAUGCCAAGGUGCAUUAAGUCUGGAGCUCUAGGAUGUGCAUAGUGGUAGGCGCAGCAUGUACAGGAGGCCUUAGGAUGGGAAUGCAGCUUAAAGAGCUUUCUGUUUCCCAUACCAUUUCAACCUUUAGUGUAACUUCUCUUGAGCAAGUGCUCUGAUGUUGUCAACACAAUAGAUGCAGCUCUACCGUGUCUAGCAUAAUAAAAGUUCAGUGUCUUUUAGGAUUUGGGAAGAUAAAAUGUGUAUGUUUAUUUGAUAGGUAAAUCUAGUUUUCUUGUCACAUGCUAAAUUUUGCAUGCAUAUCGACUAAUUGGAAUAACCAUUUACUCGAUUAUGAACAGAUUAUUAAAAUAGCAUUGAUUUAGAACAGGUAUAUAGCAUCUCUAAAAAUCAUCAGCCAACGUUACUUUCUCUUCUAAAUAUUGCUUUUAGCUGUGUUUUAAACACAGAAGAGCAACAGGAUCUGCUUAUUAGCAAAUUUCCUACAUGUGCAGAUAUAGAAGAUGCAGUUUAUUCCCAAACAUUAUAAUGAAACCAAUACCUGUGAUGUAACUGUACACCUUCUGGACUUAGAAUUAAAAAGUAGUCACAUAGAUUAAUUGUGUGACUUUUUAGUAUAGACUGUAGCCAUAAUUCUCAAAUUUGAAAUGGGACCUAAUACCAGUAUGUGAUAAGUGUUAAUGUUUUCUGUGUACAAACAGAUUUUCUAUGCAUGUGUCUCUGUGUAUACAGUAUACACACAGUUUGUUUCUGUAAGUACAUGUAGUUUGUGUCCCUUUGAGUAGGUAGUUUUAAAAGCACUUGUUAAAAUACCAUAAGCAUGGAUGUGAUUGUAUGUGUAUUGUGUAUAUAUAUGUGUAAAUGUAUGGCUGUAAAUAUCUGUGUAUACAUGUGCUUAGUAUAUGUGGAUAUUAAUAUAUUUUUUGAAGUGUGCUAAUUCAAGAGACAGCUUUGGCUGAUCUGCCAUAACAUGUGUUAACAGUCAUUCAUUUCUCAUAACGCAUACUUUCUAACUCGAGAUUAUAGCCAUUCUAAGAGGUACUAAGCUCAUUACCAUUACAACAUGGUAAUGUCCACGACAUUUUGCAUCUAAAUCCACAGCGCGGUACCUAAGUAGGAAUUGCCUUUGAUGAUAUCAUUUGAUAGGAAGUGAAAGAACUGGAGAACUAUCUUUAAGAUGCCUAAUGAGAAUUGUUAUUUUUGGAUUGCUGAACUAAAUCUUUAAAAAGCUACGUUGAUCUACACAGUCAUUUUUUUUUUCCUCUAUGGCAAAUGUAAAAAAAUAAAAUAAAAUAGAAGGAUACAGCAACAUAAUAAAAGUAGUGGAUUUUUUUCUGAGUAAAUUUACUAAAAAGGUAGGGGAGAAGUUACUUACCACCUUGGAGGUAAGUCAUCCACAUUUUCAGGUAAGCGUUUUUCAUUUGUCAAACAUUAUAAUUAUUUAAAACUAACAGGAAUCUCCUUAGAAUUAAGAAGGAAGCCUUUUAAAUAGUAGGUCUUGGAACUGCUGAACUCAAUGAAAGAAGAUAACAUAGUUUUGUACCUGAGUUUUGUACCACUUCUCCUAGGAAACAGCUCUGAGCUCAGAGUUGAACGUGAAUGAAGGUCAGGGAUUUUAGAGAAGCAAUUAUGAGUUCACCAAAUUAUACAAUUAUUUCUAAAAAGCUCAACUGUGUCUUCUAGAUAAUUUUAGUCAUCCUAUUUAGUAUGGUUAAAAUUUUGUGGUGCUCUGUAUGUGAAACUUUAAGAAUAUUUUUGACAUACGUAGUAUAUGCAUUGCUAUUCGUGUGUGUGUGUGUGUGUGUGUGUAUACAUGUAAAAACGUGUGUAUGUGUGAGAACAAGAGAGAAACUCAAGGAAGAGUCUCCUGUUUGAAGACCUGUUCAUGCUGGUAUAUUGGUGAGACUUCUCUCCUCUCUGGAGAAUUUCUCACAUGGCUCGGCUUAAUUUCUUUUUUAAUUUUAAUCCUUGCAUUCCUUAAAUUUUGCUCACUAUGUAAUGUUUUAAAAUGAUGCGGGGAAAGUUACUGUCUAAUCUCUUGUGUUGUCUUCUGCCAAUUUGUUAAAAAUUAUGUCUCCCAAUCAGAAAUUCUACCAUUACUUGACUAUGCUUGAUUUCGUGUGUAUAGCCUUUGUUUUGCUUGCUUGUCUGUUUCUUUUCUCUCCCACUCCCCCCAACCCCCGGUAAGAUAGGAUUUUAUUAGACAGAAAGGAAUACAGAAGGAGUAAAAAAGCACCAGAGCUUCUGGCAAAGGGGAAGACCCAAGUCAGAAGUCUCCUCCUUUUUUCUCUCUUUUUAAUGAAGUAGUAUAUAAAAGCAAAAUCUCAUCAUUUAUGUUGAUUCUUUAAUUAAUUUGAGCCAGAAUACUUUCCACUGUCUUCUUGGUACUUUUCAGGAUUUCUUAAUGCUGAUAUAUGGACUCUGUGGAUAGAAUUUUUGAAGCAAAUUCCUAAAGCCUGUAUCAUUCUUGAAGGUCAUAUGUACCUAUUGUGAAAAUGUGAAGCUGUAUUUCUGAAGCUGAAAUAAAUUAUAACAUUUGAAGGA